ACGAUGGUGAACCGACCAGUAUUGCCAAAGAAUAGAGGAGCCUGGACGAGAGUUGUGAUCUUCAUCUCUCUCUAUGUCUUGCUUCUAGAAUCGCUCAUCGAAUGGGUCCUGAUCCUCUAUCUCUAUGGCAUCAAACGGGUCGAUUCCAAGAUGAUGCCGAGUCUGACCCUCUCCCUAAUAGCGUCAUUCUUUACGGUUCCGCUUCUGUCUAUUCAUAGUCUGCUGGCGUGGCAAUUUAACAAGGCCGGGCGUGGGCCGCAAAAGAAUGCGCUAAGCACUAUUUCUGCAUAUGCCCUUCGAUUGAAUGUCGCUAUCUGGCUGGCAGCCAGUGUUGCGGGUCUGGUCGUUGUUUCCCAGCAAGCCUCAUGUCUUCCGGAUGAUUCGAAUGUCAGUUAUUGGAGGGUUGGUGUUAGUUGUGCACUCCACAGGGCGGCAGUUAUAGUGGCAGUGUUGUCCUUCAUUACUAUUUGCAUAUAUUUCUGCUCAAGAGAGCUCUGUGACCGUCCAUACGAUGUCUCGUUACUUGGCCUCUACAAUCAACAGAACAGAACCCGCGAUGGAAGCGUCACAUCCAACACCAGCUGGGACAGCGAGAAUACCCUGAAGAACGACAUGCUGUACUAUUGUCGCCGUCCAGAACCGACAUACGGUGGACCAGGUCUACAUUGGCCAUCGAACGACGAUACCAUGUUUGAAAAACCUGAAGACGUUACCGCUAUUCAGCCAGCACCAUUUCGGGCAAAACCUCAGCUAAAGCUCAGUACGACUCUCAUUCCUGAAGCUGCAGAAUUCAGAUCGGGAUCUGUUUCUCCCAUGGCUGCUGCGUCUGAGAUGGACCCUGUUUCUCGUACAUCCACGAUCUUGACCUCAGGAACCAACGAGCCUCCUUUGAUUGCAGAACUACCAGCUCCAGAUGUUCCACAGAUUCCUACAAAAUUCAACCAUAAGCGACAAAAGUCGUCCAUGUCACUCAGAAAGUUCCUUCCCAGAUCUCUUCCGAUGUCUCUCCCUUUGUCAGAUGAUCCCCAAAUCCGUGCUCUCUCAAAUCCAAACAUAUACUUCGACCUAGAGAAAGAAGCAGAAAAAGCAUUCCUCUCCGACUCAUCCGAAUCAUUCCAAAGACCAACCUCCCCACCAAACCCACGCCCCGGAGAUAUUCCCAAGCACCAAAGCUGUCCAAUCAUCCAGCUAGACUCCCCACAACAAGAAGACCACCAACGAACAAUGACAAUGUCCUCCGCUGAUGCCCCCGAAGUCGUCGACCCAGAGCCGCAGAAGACCCAACGAUCCAACACUGCCACCGCACACCUAAACCAGCCCCUUCCUCGCUCUACGAACCACCCGCACCACCCCAGCCAGCCCCGCUCCGUGCCCUCGACUCCUGUCAUCCACAUGAGCAACGGCAGCAAUGCCAAUGCCAACAGACGAUCAAGCCAGCCAUACCAAUUCGACCAGUCCCAAAUUCCCCGACAAUUCCACCGUCCGCAUCCACACUUCAACUACCCGCUCCGUCAUAACAUCGGGACCGUACCGCGCAGGAAUGAUGUGGAGGUUGUUUAUCCGAGUACGAGACGAUCGAGGAGUAGUACGUACGGUGGGAUUGGCUCGAUUGUGCCUUUGGAUAGUAUUUUGGAGUCGAGGGUGUCGUUUGAUGAGGUGCCUGGGUGCGUGAGUCCGGAUGAUCAUGGUGUUGGCACUGGUGCUGGAGUUGGAGUUGGAGUUGGUGCUCAUCUCAUCGAUGGGAAUACGUAUCGCGGGACGAAUUGGACGGGUAGGCCUGGUUCUGGGUGUUGAUUUACAGGUCUGCUGGCGGGCCAUCAUACCUAAUUCGAGGAGAAUGUGAGGGGGAAGAAGGGGAUAUUGUUCUUGUUGAAAUUUCUAAUUUGUAUUAGAUAGGGUUUGCGUUUGUUUGACCGUUGUUCU